AUGCUCACCAGGCUAUUACACAGCCCAAUCCCCAUACUUACUCCCAGAAUGCCACUCGUCAAAGCCGCUUGUCUGAUAAUUGGCGACGAAGUUCUCAACGGUAAGAUCACCGACACAAAUUCCCGGUUCUUCGCCCAAUACUGCUACCGUUUGGGUAUUCAACUCCGAGAAAUCGCGACCAUUGGGGACCAAAAAGACCAGAUUUCCAGUUCUAUCAAGCGAUUAAGCGCGGAAAAUGACUUUGUUAUCACCUCAGGAGGCAUCGGACCCACCCACGACGAUAUCACGUACGAAUCUAUCGCAAAUGCUUUCAAUUUGCGCUGCAAACUCGACAAACAAUGCCAAGACCGCAUGCGAAGAAUCUCUAAACCAGAGCAAAGACACGACGCCGAAGCACUCAAAGAUUUUUACCGGAUGGCAACACUACCCAGUGGUCCUGAGGUGCGCAGCUUCUACGUCGUCGACGAGCUGUGGGUGCCCAUCGUUGGAAUCAGUAAAAAAGUGUACAUUCUGCCGGGCAUCCCGCAAUUGUUCGAAAAAUUGCUUAAUGCGUUCGAACCCACGUUGAAACAGCUUUACGAUGUCGACGACAGAAACCCGCACCUCUACGAGCGCUAUUUCAUCAAAACCCGAAAGUCAGAAUCUGAAAUCUCGGCGUUUCUACGUCAAUUGCAGUCGCGGUGUGUGGCCGUCUCUGAGGAAAUUAAAAUUGGCUCGUACCCUCAUUAUGGGAUGAAUUUCAACACUGUGAGUAUCCUUGGUCUCAAGGAACACCACCUUUUUCUCGUAGAACUGGUAAAGGAAUCGAUCCAAAAGCUUGAAGGCACUCCUAUAACUGCAGAAGAGGAAAAAAAAAUUCUGAUUCCAGGUGAGUUGAAAAACAUUUAG